AUGUCCACCAUGUCCUCCGCAAGCGGGGAGAAGACGUACGAGAUCCCGACCGUCUCCUUCCGCGUGAUCACAGAUGACAAGUCUCUCCUCGCGCCGGCCGGCGUGCACUCGGAGCAGGCGCGGUCGUACGGCUACAACGACUUCUCCGACUUUGAGCGACCAGAGCACUACAUCCGAUACAUCGAGCCGAUAGAGUCUGAGCUCGCCGCCCAGGUCGAGUACGACAUGGACGAGCAGGAUCAGGAGUGGCUCGACACGGUCAACGCCGAGAGGAAGAAGGACCAGUCCGGACCCGUGUCGUAUGAGGUCUUUGAGAUUAUCAUGGACAAGCUCGAGAAGGAGUGGUUCACACUGCCCGAGACGAAUAUGCCGGACGGCGACUCGAAAUGCGCGAUUUGCGACGACGGGGAAGGCGAGAACUCGAACGCGAUUGUCUUCUGCGACGGCUGCAACCUGGCAGUGCACCAGGACUGCUACGGUGUGCCGUACAUCCCCGAGGGCCAGUGGCUGUGCCGAAAGUGCACCGUCUCUCCCGAGAACCCCGUCUCAUGUUUAUUCUGUCCGAACGAGGGCGGCGCAUUCAAGCAGACGACAACGGGUCACUGGGCACAUCUCCUGUGCGCUAUCUGGAUUCCAGAACUCGGUGUCGGGAAUGCGAUCUACAUGGAGCCCGUCGAGGGCGUCGACAUGGUCCCGAAGAGCAGGUGGAAGCUCCACUGUUCGCUGUGUAAGGAGCGAGUCGGCGCGUGCAUCCAGUGCGAGAACAAGAGCUGCUUCACUGCCUUUCACGUCACUUGUGCGCGGCAAGCGGGGCUGUUAAUGAGCAUGAAGCUCAUGGGUGCCGACGGGCAGCUCAAGGCGUAUUGCGAGAAGCACCUUCCGUCGUAUCACGAGACCUCCGAGUCUGACGUGUUCGAGGACGAGGAAGAAGAGGAGGAAGUUGUAACGCCUCCACCGCGGAAACGGGGCCGGCCGCGUAAGAACUCGAUCCGGAACACGAGCGGUGGCCAGCCUAAGAGGCCGCGCGGUCGGCCACCGAAACACCGCAAGGAGGAGGAGGAACAGGCGGUGGUCGUCGCAGACAAGAAGCGCAAAGUGACUACCAAGUCUGCGCGAGCGCACGCUAAAUCCUAUCGCCCCGGUCCACCAAUCGUGCCGCGCAUGAUCGUGAACAAGCUGCUCGACUAUAUAGGCAAGAUUUCGAUUCGUAAGAAGCAACCGUUCGUGGAGCGGUUGUGCAGAUACUGGAGCCUGAAGCGGGAGGCGCGCCGCGGUGCACCGUUGCUGAAGCGCCUACACCUCGAGCCAUGGACGGCGACGACAGAGAGCAAGGAGCAGACGGACGCGGAGAAAGCGAAGAAUCUCGAGUUCCUCGGCAUGCUUCGCAACGACCUCGAGAAGGUGCGCAUGCUGGCCGAGCUUGUGCGCAAGCGCGAGAAGGAGAAACUCCGCCAAGCGCAGGUCAUCAAAGAGGUUGUCGACUCGUUUAUUUUCCCGCACUACGAGACGCUGCGGAGCACAAUGGACCGUGGCGAGUUCUUCCUCCAACCCGUGACGCUGGAGGAGGCGCCAGAUUACUACGACGUGAUCAAGGAGCCGAUGAGCUGGACGCAAAUUGAUGCAAAGCUCAAGAGCGUCAAGUAUUUGAACGUGGCGGAUUUCAAGUACAACAAGUCCGAGACGUCGUUCCACCGUACGGCCUCGCGAAUCAAGAAGAACGCGGCGCCGCUCCUUGACGCGCUGAACUCCAUCCCCGCCGCGGGGCAGCUCAUGCCGCCAGCGCCUGAGGAGGGUGAAUGGGGACCAACGCCGGAGGAGGUGGGCGACCUCGAGACGUCGCUCGCACGGCUGCAGACCAUGCUCGCCCCCGAUCUCUCCGAGACAGGCCGAGAGGAGGGGCGCGACAUGCUGCGCUCGAUCUUCGCUUUCGAGGUCGAGAAGGAGCCGCCUCCGCCCCCUUCUCCCAAGAAGCGGAAGACAAUGUCUGCCGCCGAGCGCAACAAAAAGUUCGAGCAGGCCGAGGAGAGAUACAAGGAACGACUGAGUAUGGGCGGUGGCUCUACUCGAGUGUCCCGUGCCGCCGCCGCUGCGACAAUUCCCGAGUCUCCGCCACCUACAACGGGACGACGCAAAGCCUCAGAAGAGACGUCCGAGACGUCUCGCCGAUCACAGCCCGGUGUCGUAGGCGUCACCUCAGUACCGGCCAUGUCGGAGCGGGAGAGGCGUCAGGCCGAGAAGAAUCUGGAUCUGAUUGCAGAGAGCUUAGACUCAAAGGACGAGUACGAGCGCUUCAACGUCGGCUGGAUCUUACCCGAGGGUUCAAAGCGCCGCCGGCCGGCCCCAGUCACGGUCCCGCCGCCACCAAAGAGGUCCACCUCCCGUGCUGCAUCGAGUGUCUCUGGCGCCAGCGAGAGGAAUAAACGCCAGCGCACGAGUACACCCAACGAUGCACCUGCGUCUAAGAAGCGCAAGGGUGCAGAACCUGCGCCUGAGAAGGAGGAGGAGAAGGCUGAGGAAGAGGACGUGGACGCCGAGGGCGAGGACGAGGAGCUCACGCCCGUCCCCGAUUCCGCCGUCACGCCCUACUUCCCCAGAUCGAGCUUAUCCCCGCCUCCUGCUGAUGCCGAUGGCGAAGCGGACGACGCUGCGUCCGACAAGACGGCUGUCGAGCAGCCCUCGAAGUCCAAGCCUGAGAAGGAUGCCACGCCUGUCCCGGAGAAGGCGACAAAGGAUGAGUCGAUGGACGUCGACGCCGACGCCGACGGGGACACUAAGAACGACCCGAUCACGCCCAAGACGCCCGCGGGGCAAGAAGGGAGUACGGCAGAGUCCACCCCGGCUAAGGACCGGAGGAAGAGUCUCGUGGCACCGAAGCCUGCUUUGCCUGCAGACGGUUCCGACCCGUAUCCACCGGGUACACAGGAGAAGCUGACAUCAGUCUGGGCCAAAGUGACAUCCUACCCCUACUUCCCCGGUGUCGUGAUCGACCCCCGCGCCGACCCCUCCAUCGUUCCCCCCUCCGUGUUGGCCUUAGAAGCCGAAGAGACCAAAUCGGGCCGUGCGUGGCUGGUCCGGUUCCACGACAAACAAGGGUCCUGGGGAUGGAUGCAUCCCGAGCGCAUCGAAGCUCUGGGGCAAGAUGACGAGAUCGACAAGAUGUACCUCGCGGGCAAGGAGAGGAGCCGGAACAAGGGCUUCAAGUCGAGCCACUUGAAGGCGAGCUGUAAGGCAGCAUAUCAGAAGGCCAUGGAGGCGCAGGACCCGACGCGGACAGAGAGCUCGGGGGAUAAGGAGAAGGAGGCGGAGGCGAAGAGCGAGAAGCAGGUCUCAGUGUAA